CCUGCGGUCGGCAACGGGCGCCUGGGCGGCCAUGGAGCGCUGGGCGUGGCGGGCGCUGCUGCCGUGGCUCCUGGCGGGCGCCUGCGGCCUGGCCGUGCUGGGCUACUGCCUCUACUUCGACCACCGGCGCCGCAGCGCGCCAGACUUCAAGCGGAGGCUGAGGGAGAGUGAGUGGCGGGGAAGGCAUCGCCUUCGCCUCAGAGGAGGAGCCGCGAAAAGAAGAAAAGAGUGUGAAAAGGCAAAAGAGCAUGAUGCAGAGUUACGUGAGAUGAAAGAUACUGCAAAGCUACAAGAGUUCUUUCUGGAAGAGAUACAGUUGGGACAGGUGUGGCUGGCAAGAGGAGAGCACAAGAAGAGCAUCGAACACCUUGCCAAUGCCAUUGCCGUGUGUACACAUCCAAACCAGCUAAUGCACGUCUUGAAGCAAACUCUACCCCCCCAUAUAUUUGAGAUGCUUCUGCACAACAUUCCACACGCAGUGCAACGGCUUGAGACAGCCCUGAGUGACCAGGAUCCUACCGUUGAAUGAGAAUGUGGCAUCGCACAAGAGGCUACUCUUAAGGCAGGACCUUAUAACAGCCUUUGAGACUACAUUUUGAAAGACUCGGUGAAA